CCCCACCACGACCUGAGAGCAGACUUGGAGAGAUAAAGGUAAGUGGAGAAGAUCUGCUGGUCAUCUGAUGAUGAGCUUAGAAGGAGAUGAGAUGGGCAAGAAGAAGAGCAAAGAAGAGGAGCCAUGGAAGAAGAUUGACUUGUCCUUAUUACCCUUGAAACCUUCCACACAUCUCUCCAUCUUUUCUUCCUCAUCUCUUCUAAGACCCCCAACCUCUUAAUACCCAUCCCAUAUUCCCUCUCUCCUCACCUGUACAUCCGCACCACUACCAACUCACAACCUAUAACAAACAGGAAGCACCAAAAGAAGAAGCCCAUGAAAAGGCCCAGCAGCUCAGACUCCUUUGGAGGAAUGGAAGAAAAGGAACCCGGUCUCAUCCCCAUCUCACCAUCAAUGGAGGAGCAAGCGAAAUAUGAAGGCAGAUUCCAACCCAUGUUGGAUGGAAUGGAGGGGGUGGAGUGCGAGGACGAGGAGCUGUGCACCUACGGUCAAUCAGCGCUGGGAGAGAAGAAGCGCCGGCUGAGAGUGGACCAGGUGAAGGCCCUGGAGAAAAACUUCGAGGUGGAGAACAAGCUAGAUCCGGACCGGAAGGCCCGGCUGGCCCAAGAUUUGGGCCUGCAGCCCCGGCAGGUGGCGGUCUGGUUCCAGAACCGCCGCGCCCGGUGGAAGACCAAGCAGCUGGAGCGCGACUACGGCGCCCUCCAGGCCCGCUACGAGGCCCUCAAGAUCGACUGCGACGCCCUCCGCCACGACAAGGAGAAGCUCACCGCCGAGGUAAGCCGAGGAGAUCAUGGCUAUGAGAGCUCUACAAUUAAUCACUAUGGUUAUGGUUAUCCUAGCAAGCCUAUCAAACAAACUAUAACUGAUUCAAUAAAAGAGCUUAGAGCCAAGUUAGUAAAUCCUGCCGCUGUAACAAGGUUGAAGAACAAAGAUGCGGAGGAGAGGCCGGCUUUGAUCUACAAGGACGGGGCUUCGGACAGCGAUUCUAGCGUGGUGUUUAAUGAUCAUGAGAACAGUCCUUACUCUGGGGUGGUGCUAGACCAAGACUAUUUUAUGGGAUUCAAGUCCUACUCCUCUUCUUCGUCUUUGUUUGAGAGCAGAGCUUUAGAUCAGAAGGAGUACUUGGAGGAGGGGUUUUUGAGUGGGGAGGAGCUUUGCAGUGGUUUGUUCUCGGAGGAGCAGGCACCUAGCCUCUCUUGGUACUGCUCCGAGCCAUGGAAGUAGGUACUCUGGAGUCUCUCUUUCCUGUAAAAUGGCUGCGUAAAUGGAGCUUCUAUAAUGUCAUCAACUGUGUGUACAAAGGGGCUUAGCUUUAGGAGCUGGAGAGGAGAGAAGGAAAAUGAGAGGAGGGGAGGAAAGCGACCCAUCUCUCCGACUCAAAAACUUGCCUUUUGCUUUGUCUGAGGUUUUAUUGGUGGAAUCGGCCCCGUUAGAGUAAGGGAAGCUAGGUAAUAAAGGGGUAAUGUUGAGAGAAUGGGCUGAUGAUGUACAUGGGAUAUUUGUUGGUGGUAAGUGGGGAAUGUUUCACUUCUUUGGGCAUGGUAACAUCUACAUAUAUUUAUUAUUUCUAUGAAGCAAUAUUAUGUUGCACCUUAUCUGUUGCUGAGAUUCUAUAUAUAAUUAUCUUUUGCUA